ACUAUCGAUAGUCUCUCAGUGAGAGAAACUGCACUUUGCCGGUUGCUAGUUGCAAGCUGUAUAUUUCACCAAAAUUAUGUCCGUCGCUUCGCCUUCCAAUCCCAGCAUUGCAUUGCAAAGCAAGUGGUGGAAUGGUUUACGCAAUGUGCUGGAACGCGAGGGUCUGUUCUGCAAAGACGAUUUCACACCAUCGGCUGAAAACUUGGAAUUCCUGCAAACAAAGAGCAAAGUACUUAUUAUCGGUGCCGGAGGAUUAGGCUGCGAGCUGCUCAAGGAUUUGGCAUUGAUGGGGUUCGGUGAUCUUCAUGUGAUCGAUAUGGACACCAUAGAGCUAUCCAAUCUGAAUCGCCAGUUCCUAUUCAGACGCUCCGACAUCAACUCUUCGAAGGCUGAAUGUGCUGCCCGCUUCAUCAACAAUCGAGUACCCAGCUGCAAGGUGACGCCACAUUUUGCCAAGAUCCAGGACUUCGAUGAGACGUUCUACCAGCAGUUUCACAUUAUUGUCUGCGGCCUCGACUCUAUUGUGGCGCGUCGCUGGAUUAACGGCAUGCUUUUGUCUAUGCUGCGCUACGAGGACGACAAUAGCAUUGAUGUCUCCUCGAUUAUACCCAUGAUUGAUGGAGGCACGGAAGGCUUUAAGGGCAACGCUCGCGUCAUACUGCCCGGAUUUACCGCCUGCAUCGAAUGCACCCUCGAUUUGUUUCCUCCCCAGAUCAAUUAUCCGCUGUGCACCAUUGCGAAUACGCCACGCUUGCCGGAACAUUGCAUCGAGUAUGUGAAACUGAUACAAUGGGACAAGGAGAAUCCUUUUGGGGCGCCACUGGAUGGCGACGAUCCGCAGCACAUUGGUUGGAUCAAUGAGCGCGCCCAGGAGCGUGCCAAUCAGUUCAACAUCAGCGGCGUCACUUAUCGCUUGGUGCAGGGUGUUAUCAAGCACAUCAUUCCGGCAGUGGCCAGCACCAAUGCUGUCAUUGCGGCUGCUUGUGCCAUGGAGGUAUUCAAGCUGGCCACCAGUUGCUACGACAGCAUGGCCAACUAUUUGAAUUUCAACGAUCUCGACGGCAUUUACACAUACACCUACGAGGCGGAAAAGUCAGAGACUUGCUUGGCUUGCAGCAAUGCACCACAGGUGCUAAACAUCGAGCAUCCCAACACCACAACAUUGGACGAUGUGAUCAAGCAGCUGUGUGAGCUGCCGCGUUUCCAACUCAAGAGUCCGGCGCUGACCACCGUCAUGGCCGAUGGCAAACAACGCACUCUGUAUAUGGCCAACGUAAAGAGCAUUGAGGAGGCCACUCGCAAGAAUCUGACCCAGUCAUUGGGCGAGCUGGGUCUGCAGGAUGGACAGUUGUUGACUAUCACAGAUGUCACGUCUCCUACUGCGAUGACGCUGCAGCUCAAGUACCAGGCCAACGAGGUUGAAAUGUCGUAAAUGCAUUAAGAGAAAUAAAGAUGUAAUAUUGCAAAUUAACAAAAAAA